GCGGCGGACAUGGCGGUGGAGUCCUGAGCUUGUCGUCUCCCGGCCUCCAGCGGCGGUGACGGCGACGGCGACGGCGACGGCGGCGGCGGCGGCAGCAGCGGGAGGCGGAGGGGGAGCUGGAGCCAUUGAGAUGAGGAGGCGCCGCGCGCGCCUGUAGCUAGCAGGCCUCGCAGUUUGCUUGCCUAAACUGGAUUUGAAGCAAUUCAAACUACUGGAGAUCUGCCAAUUUACAGUAACACAAUUGGAAAGAAGCAGGUUUUCAAAUAAUGGAAGAGUCUAAGACCUCUAAAAAUGAAAAUCAUGAACCAAAGAAGAAUGCUUGGGCUCUUUCUGAAGAAAGCAAAACAGUUAAAGUUAUAACUAAUCAAACUUUGAAAGCCAGAAAUGAAAAAUCCAUAAAAGAAAUUGGGACCAGCUCUCCAAAUAGGAAUAGUAAUAAAAAAAAUAAGCAAAAUGAUAUUUGUAUAGACAAAACAGAAGUUAAAUCAUGUAAAGUAAAUGCUGCCAACGUUCCAGGCCCUAAAGAUUUGGGGUUAGUCCUUCGAGAUCCAAGUUACUGCAAAGCAAAAAAGUCACCUAAUUCACCGGUGAGAGCAGAGAAAAUACCUGUUUCACAGGUGAAAGUAGAAAAGGCAUCCAGUUUACAGACAAAAGCAGAAAAAUCACCAAAGUCACCUAAUUCACCAGUGAAAACAGAAAAGGCACCCACUUCAUCGGCAAUGGUAGCAGAAAAGGUACUUAGUUCCCAGAAGAAAUCAGAAAAAGCACCCAGUUCUCAGAUGAGAUCAGUAAAGGUUCUCAGUUCACCAGCAGAAGCAGAGAAGGUGCCCAGUUUACGGUUGAAAGAAAACAUGAAACAGACGGAAUUACAGCACAUUGGGAAAAAAAUUUCAAGUUCCUUUACUUCUCUGGACAAAGUGAAUAUUGAUAUUGUAGAGGGAGGAAAAUCUGCUCUGGAAAACUCUCCAGGAUCUCAGAAGCAACAAACAUGUACAGAGAAUACUGGUGAUUCUGAUGAUAGCACUUCAGGAGUUGAAGACACCUCGGAUGAUUUGAGUAAAAUGAAGAAUGAGGACUGUAAUAAAGAAAAUUCUUCAGAGAUGGACUAUUUAGAAAAUGCCACUGUGAUAGAUGAAUCUACAUUGACACCUGAGCAGAGGCUAGGCUUGAAACAAGCAGAAGAACGCUUAGAAAGAGAUCACAUCUUUCGACUUGAAAAACGCUCACCAGAAUAUACCAAUUGUCGGUAUCUAUGCAAACUUUGCUUAAUUCACAUUGAAAAUAUCCAGGGAGCUCAUAAACAUAUAAAGGAGAAACGACAUAAGAAAAACAUUUUGGAAAAACAGGAAGAAAGUGAGCUUCGUUCUCUGCCACCUCCUUCCCCGGCCCACUUGGCUGCUUUAAGUGUUGCAGUUAUUGAAUUAGCAAAAGAACAAGGAAUAACAGAUGAUGACCUCAGAGUCCGCCAGGAAAUUGUGGAGGAAAUGUCAAAGGUUAUAACGGCAUUUUUACCAGAGUGUUCACUUAGGUUGUAUGGCUCGUCUCUGACCAAGUUUGCUCUGAAAAGUAGUGAUGUUAAUAUAGAUAUAAAAUUUCCUCCCAAGAUGAAUCAUCCAGAUCUUCUGAUAAAAGUACUUGGGAUUUUAAAAAAAAGUGUGUUAUAUGUAGAUGUGGAAUCUGAUUUUCAUGCUAAAGUUCCUGUUGUGGUGUGCAAAGAUCGGAAAAGUGGUUUACUUUGUAGAGUGAGUGCAGGAAACGAUAUGGCAUGCCUCACUACUGAUUUACUUGCUGCUCUUGGCAAAAUGGAACCUGUCUUUAUUCCCUUGGUGUUAGCCUUUCGCUAUUGGGCUAAGUUAUGCUAUAUUGACUCCCAAACUGAUGGUGGAAUCCCUUCUUACUGUUUUGCUUUAAUGGUGAUGUUUUUUCUACAACAAAGAAAACCACCUCUUCUUCCUUGUUUACUUGGAAGUUGGAUUGACGGCUUUGACCCAAAAAGAAUGGAUGACUUUCAGCUGAAGGGCAUAGUGGAAGAAAAGUUUGUGAAGUGGGAAUAUAAUUCAAGUAGUGCAACUGAAAAAAACUCAAUUGCUGAGGAAAACAAAGCUAAGGCAGACCAACCAAAAGAUGACACCAAGAAGACAGAAACAGACAACCAAAGUAAUGCCAUGAAGGAAAAGCAUGGCAAAUCUACUUUAACAUUGGAAACACCACAUCAGGUAUCCCUGGGACAAUUAUGGUUAGAGCUGCUAAAAUUUUACACACUGGAUUUUGCUUUGGAGGAAUAUGUGAUAUGUGUACGGAUAAAAGAUAUUUUAACAAGAGAAAACAAAAACUGGCCUAAGAGGCGAAUAGCCAUUGAAGAUCCAUUUUCAAUCAAGAGGAAUGUUGCACGGAGCUUAAACAGCCAGCUUGUUUAUGAAUAUGUUGUAGAGAGAUUCAGGGCAGCUUAUCGGUAUUUUGCCUGUCCUCAAAGGAAGGGUGCAAAUAAAUCUACAGUGGAUUCCAUGAAGAGAGAGAAAGGGAAGAUAAGCAAUAAGAAGCUAGUGAAGUCUGACAAUAUGGCAUCUAAUUGUUGCAUUCAACUUGGGGGAAGCACGGAAAAAAUAAAUGCAGAAAGAGGUCAUCCUGAUAGAUAUAAUGAAAUGGAAUGUACAUCACAGAGAUGUAUUACUGAAGAUGAUAAUUUGUUGGUAAAUGAGCCAGUUUUGGCCGAACAUGGACAGGAAUCUUCAUCUCUUUCUACCAGUGAAAGCAGUGAAUUAGAGCCAAAAUCAGUGAAGAAACAGUAUGAUUUAGCGCCUUCAGAGACUUGUUUAAAAAAGGAGCUCAGCCAAUGUAAUUGCAUUGAUUAUAAGUCCCCUGACCCAAAUGAGUCUGAUGGUACAGACUGCAGGUCAAAUUUAGAAACAGAGAGUUCACAUCAGAUUGCGUGCACCGACACACCUGCUACCUCUUGCAACUGCAAAGCUACAGAAGAUGCUUCUGACCUUAAUGUUGAUGAUAAACACCCCACCCAGGAAUUAUAUUAUGUGUUUGAUAAGUUUAUUUUAACCUCUGGCAAGCCACCAACGAUAGUAUGCAGCAUCUGCAAAAAGGAUGGCCAUUCAAAAAAUGAUUGCCCGGAGGAUUUCAGGAAAAUUGAUCUAAAACCUCUACCACCAAUGACAAAUCGAUUUCGGGAAAUACUUGAUUUAGUAUGUAAAAGAUGUUUUGAUGAGUUAUCACCGCCGUUCUCUGAACAACACAACAGGGAGCAAAUUUUAAUUAGUUUGGAAAAGUUUAUCCAAAAAGAAUAUGAUGAAAAGGCAAGAUUGUGCUUAUUUGGCUCUUCUAAGAAUGGAUUUGGAUUUCGUGAUAGUGAUCUGGAUAUUUGUAUGACCCUGGAAGGCCACGAAAAUGCAGAGAAAUUAAAUUGUAAGGAAAUCAUUGAAAAUUUGGCAAAAAUUCUUAAGAGACAUCCAGGUUUAAGAAACAUUUUACCUAUAACUACUGCCAAAGUGCCUAUAGUAAAAUUUGAACACAGACGAAGUGGUUUAGAAGGUGAUAUCAGUUUGUAUAAUACAUUGGCUCAACAUAACACAAGAAUGCUAGCUACUUAUGCAGCUAUUGAUCCUAGAGUGCAGUACUUGGGAUAUACCAUGAAAGUGUUUGCUAAGAGAUGUGACAUUGGCGAUGCUUCCAGGGGAAGUUUAUCUUCAUAUGCUUAUAUCCUUAUGGUGCUGUACUUUCUGCAGCAGAGAAAGCCACCUGUUAUCCCAGUUCUACAAGAGAUCUUUGAUGGAAAACAGAUUCCACAGAGAAUGGUUGAUGGAUGGAAUGCAUUUUUCUUUGAUAAAACAGAAGAACUGAAGAAGCGUUUACCUUCACUUGGAAAGAACACAGAAACAUUAGGAGAGCUUUGGUUGGGACUGCUUCGCUUCUAUACUGAAGAGUUUGAUUUCAAGGAAUAUGUAAUUAGUAUUCGGCAGAAAAAGCUGUUGACAACUUUUGAGAAGCAGUGGACAUCCAAAUGUAUUGCAAUCGAAGACCCUUUUGACUUGAAUCAUAACCUUGGUGCUGGAGUUUCUAGAAAAAUGACCAAUUUCAUCAUGAAGGCAUUUAUCAACGGAAGGAAACUUUUUGGUACUCCCUUUUAUCCACUCAUUGGCAGAGAAGCUGAGUACUUCUUUGAUUCCAGAGUAUUAACAGAUGGAGAACUGGCUCCCAAUGAUCGAUGUUGCCGUGUGUGUGGAAAAAUAGGCCACUACAUGAAAGACUGCCCUAAAAGGAGAAGCAGUUUACUGUUUAGACUAAAGAAGAAAGACAGUGAAGAAGAGAAGGAAGGAAAUGAAGAGGAGAAAGACUCCCGAGACCUUCUUGACCCCCGAGACCUCCACGAUACUCGAGACUUUAGAGACCCCAGAGACCUCAGAUGUUUUAUAUGUGGAGAUGCAGGACAUGUACGAAGGGAGUGCCCGGAGGUCAAGCUGGCUCGUCAGAGGAAUAGCAGUGUGGCAGCAGCCCAGCUGGUCCGCAACCUUGUAAAUGCCCAGCAAGUGGCGGGUUCGUCCCAGCAACAGGGUGAUCAGUCCGUAAGGACUAGACAGUCUUCAGAAUGUUCUGAUUCACCAUCUUAUUCUCCUCAGCCCCAGCCGUUUCCACAGAACUCUUCCCAAUCAUCUGCCAUUACCCAGACUCCAUCCCAGCCAGGAUCCCAACCCAAGCUUGGCCCACCCCAGCAGGGCGCCCAGCCCCCCCAUCAGGUCCAAAUGCCUAUGUAUAACUUUCCUCAGUCACCACCAGCUCAGUAUUCUCCCAUGCACAAUAUGGGGUUGCUGCCAAUGCACCACCCCCUCCAGAUCCCUGCCCCAUCCUGGCCGAUCCAUGGCCCCGUGAUCCACUCUGCACCAGGCAGUGCUCCCAGCAAUAUUGGCCUGAACGAUCCCAGCAUCAUCUUUGCACAGCCUGCUGCCAGACCUGUGGCGAUCCCUAGUUCCUCUCAUGAUGGACACUGGCCUCGUACUGUGGCUCCAAAUUCCCUAGUGAACAACGGUACAGUGGGGAAUUCGGAGCCAGGCUUUCCAGGACUGAAUCCUCCAAUUCCUUGGGAACAUGCACCACGUCCUCAUUUCCCGCUUCUCCCAGCUUCGUGGCCUUAUGGUUUGCAUCAAAACUUCAUGCAUCAGGGAAAUGCCAGAUUUCAGCCCAACAAACCUUUCUAUACUCAAGACAGAUGUGCCACCCGUCGGUGUAGAGAGCGUUGUCCCCACCCACCAAGAGGAAACGUGUCGGAGUAAUGCGAGUCCAUUUUCUUUCAGCUGGUCUACCGAUGUACAGCAACCAGCCAAUCCUGCUGUCUCAAGGGUAUCCGUACCUCAAUGUCAGUUACAUUCAGCAGAAAAAGUGACAUUUAAUGGAAAGCAAAACAAAUCAGGUCCUGAUUUAAAAUUUUAACACGUUUAGAUAGCUUAUUUAAAUUCUAAGACUGUUUUUAAAGACUGUAUUAUUUGUAUAUAAAUAUGAACUAUAGUUUUUACUCGUAUCACCAAAUUGAGUGAUACAAAUUUCAUCUAUUUUAUUACCCUAUUUUUAAGGGAAUUUUAUGUUUUGUUUAACCUUGAUGAAUUGUAUAAACAGAGAAUUUAAAAAAUUACAUUCUUUAUUUUCUAUUAGCUGUAUUCAUACUUUGGUUGCUUCAGACUUUAUAUAUAUUGUUCUUAAGAAUUAGGAAAGACUUUCAUGUGUUUUAAAUUUGUCACUUCUAUUCUUUACAGAACCUUGUAGUGCCAAAAACUUUUUAAAAGGUAAAAAAAAAAAAUAAUAAAAUAAAACUACAACAUGAAGAUUCAGAAUUUUUUUCUUUUACAUUCUUAUAUGUUGAAUAUAUUCAAACUUGAACAGAAAGUUGCUUUUACCUGUAUUUGAAGUAAUUCUAUUUUAAGUUAAUAAAUUUUUUUGACAAG